UUUUCUAAAAAAUUGAAAAACAAGGUGAAGACUGAAGAAGAUUAAGCUAAUAAAUAAUAUUUCUAAGAUAUGUACUUUAUUGUUCCUACAUAAAACAGAAUCUGAAGGUCUUUGAAAUUUCUCACACAUUAAAUUAAAUAUUUUGUAAUCAACAAUUCAAAAUGGCAUGUACUAAUCUGCUGAGAAAUAUUAAAACCAUACAUUUUAUUCGACGUAGCUUUUUCUCAACUUCGAUUAUACAAAAUAAUCAAUCUAAAUAUUCCAAACAUACACAAUUCCGAACAGAACACAAUCAAUUGGUGUAUUUAGAUGAUCCUGAUAAGUUUGGGACAUUGUCCGGUUUCAAAAUACAGGACGAAAAACUUGUAGAUGCUGGAGAUAUAAAAGAAGAAGAAUAUACACAAAAUAAACCCUUACCUGGUAAAAAAUUAACUACUAGACAGUAUGCUGAUUUAAUUAAACAAUACAUAAAGCAUAAAAGAUUAAAAGAAGCUAUUGAUGUAUUGGAGGUGAGAAUGCUACAGGAAGAUAAAGUGAAACCGGAAAAUUAUAUAUUCAACAUAUUAAUUGGUGCGUGUGCUGAUGUAGGUUACACAAAAAAAGCAUUUCGUUUGUUCAAUGAAAUGAAAGCACGAGGACUAAAACCUACAGGUGAUACUUAUACCUGUUUGUUUCAUGCAUGUAGCAAAAGUCCAUGGGCAUCGGAUGGUUUAAAAAACGCUAAACAUCUUCGAGAACAUAUGAUUUUAAAAGGAAUAGAACCAAAUCUGACAAAUUAUAAUGCAAUGAUAAAGGCAUUUGGAUGUUGUGGUGAUUUGGUUACGGCUUUCAGAAUAGUUGAUGAAAUGGUAACUAAGAAAAUAAAAAUUAGAGUUCAUACUUUUAACCAUCUGCUACAAGCUUGUAUAUCAGAUAAAAAUAAUGGACUGAGGCAUGCUCUGAUUGUAUGGAGAAAAAUGUUGAAUGUUAGAGAGAAACCUAAUAUUUACUCUUUCAAUUUAAUGCUUAAAUGUGUGAAAGACUGUAAUUUGGGAACUAAAGAGGACAUUGAAGAAUUAGUUGGUGCUGUCAAAGGACAAACAUUAAAAGGAAGCCAAAAUGCCAUGCUAGAGAUGCAAAAUAUUGACUCGCAAGAGUUAAAAUUAUUGCAAGAACCUAAAAGUCCUGAAAAAAUUAGAAAAGACCAAAUUGAUUCUCAAAAAAGUAUUAAUGGUAGUAACAAAAUGAAUAUGCAAAAUUCAGAUGCAGUAGAAACAACAGAUUUAAUGAUUACAGAAAACAAAGAAAAGAUAACAAUACAGUUAGUAGAUAAUUUAAAAAAUACCAGCAAAGAACAAAGAAAUGUACCUAAUUUAUUGUCAAAGGAAAUUAAUAUGCACCAUAUAUUAGCUUUACAAGAAGUGCAUUCAUUACAAGAUAAGUUUACUGUAAUAGGUGGACAAGAAGAUUUCCUUGAAGAAAUGAGUGCUUAUUCAGUUAAACCAGACAUUAAAACGUUUACACAAAUGCUCCCAUUAUUGGAUAAUACAACAGAGGCUGAAAAUAAACUACUUCAUACUAUGCACAAUAUGAAGAUACGAGCAGAUAUUGACUUCUACAACAUGUUAAUAAAGAAAAGGUGUUUAAGGCUGGAUUAUGAUGCUGCUAAAGCUGUUAAAAAGAUAAUAAAAAAGGAAAGUGAAAUUCGGAAACGUUUGUAUCCAGACAAUAAAAAGAAGAGAUUAAAUCUUAAUAUAAUGUCUUAUGGCGUCUUGGCAAUGGCUUGUAAAACUAAAGAAGAUGCAGAAAUCCUCCUAGCUGAUAUGAGACAAGAACAACUUAAGGUGAAUAUAGAAAUUCUUGGAGCUCUAUUGAAACAUGGCAUCGUAAAUUAUCGAUUCGACUACGUUCUGUACGUAUUGAAUAUUGUAAAAGACGAAAAGGUUCCUGUUAGUGAUUUGUUCUUAAAGAAUUUAGAGGACUUCAAUGAAAAAUGUAUGAAAAUUAUACAGCAGAAUGAAAAUAGUCAUCGCAAAUAUUCCAAUUCUUUCGAAACAGCUUACAAUAAAUUUUCGAAGAUUUAUACUAAUUGGUUAAGAGAAGUAAACAUUCAUGAAGCUUUGAAGCAAGAACAUCCUUGGGAACAAUUUAAGACUCCCAGCCCAGAAACAGUGCAAAGGCAAAAUAUUAAAAUAAUCGAACCAAAGAGAUUUAACAAAAGAAAUCGUAAAUAUGUACCAUAUGUUCCUAAGAUAUAAAUAAAACUUCUUUA